AUGAGCGGCGCUGAAGCAAAGCAAGUGAGGCAGGAGAUUGACGAGCUUCUGACAUCAGGGAGGCUGGAACGUCUGGAGACGGUCUCAGCGCACAUUUUUCAAAUGUUCGGUCAACAAUGGAAAGAGGUGACGGAUCACAAUGUAUUCGUACACGUGUUUCAUGAUUCGCUUGACGAUGUAAAUAAAAUUCUGGCUCGAGAUCGUUUUAAGAUGGUUUUCAACUUUGUUCCUCUUUCUGCUAGUUUCACUUUCACUAGCAUGAGCAAAAAGUUUGUUCGCCUUAGUCUCAAUAAAUUCGAUCGGACGGCACCUGCUUAUGGUUUUGGAUUUUCAAAUCCACACGAAAAAGAAUUGUUUUGUACUCAAUUAGAUCGUAUCCGUAAUUACGCAAAGUCCACUUUAACUCCGACGCUUCGCAUGACCUCUUUGGAGAUGGAGAAUCUCAGCAUCCGAUCACCGUCCACCACUCCGCCUCGACCAGCUCUCCCACAUAUGUACAUUGAUGCCCAUCGUCGAGAUUACCAUGGACCACCUAUGCCAGCUUACAACCAGCCACCGCCACUUCCACCACCAUUCGAAUGUGCGCCACCAUCAUACAAACACCAGCCGCCUGUGUGGGAAAGUUACUCUCAACCUCCAUUUUAUUGCCAGCCUCCUCCAGCUCCACCAUUUAUGAACAGCUUUGAAAUUCCCUACCAAAAUGACGUGUCGAACGAUUACUCAUUUCGAGAAGAUUCUUUGCCUUUCCCUGAAUACGACCCUCCUGACCUUUCGAAGGUGCCCCUUCCCGGACUUCCUGCUAUAUCGUUACCACGCGGACCCACUUCUGAUUGUCCUUUCACCAAAAGCCCUGAUUCCCCAGAUCGUCCUACAUCGGUCUGUUCUAGAAAAACACUUCGUGAAGCGGCUACUUCACCGCAAGACAAAGUUGCCCUCGCUGAACGUCGUGUGCGGGCGUUGAUGGACUCGAUCCAGCCAGUUGGAAGCUUCUGGGAUAGCCCAUUGGAUGUAUCCAAUGACAAUCGCAACUUAAUGAUGUCCUCCAGAGCUUCCAAUCGAUCGGAGAAUCCGGCUGGUGUCAUUGGAUCUCCGGUGAAAGGCAAAGGUGGCAUAUGCGUAUCACGCAAUCAGGUUUCGAACACAACUUGGCAGUGGCAGUGA